UUCAUUGUUCGGGGUGUGUUCAUCCAACUCGUGUGCUCAUUGUUGUGUCGGAUUUCAAAUUGCCGCAAGCAUCCAGUAGAAGCUGCUCCGAAAAUUACAGUGAUUAUUAUCCGCAAAAUGGCAACUCCAAUGGCCAACGGAGCCCCUUUGGAGGACUACUGCCGGUGCUGCCUGACGGAUGCAACGGAUCUGCUUUUCGACGUGUUUUCCAUUUUGGAAGAAUCCAAAGGCCCGAUCUGCGAACUGAUAGCCACGAUUUGCGGAAUUAUCAUUUCAGAAAAGGAUGGAGAAUCGAAGAACAUUUGUGGCGACUGUUUGCGUGAUCUGGUCACCACGUACCGCUUCCGGGAACGCUGCCUCCGAGUCAACCGGAUUCUGAAGGUGAAAUCAUUUGGGGGCGUUUGGGUGGUACCUUCGGUAGUGAAACGUGAUCCGGAAUGGGACACAGGAAUGUUGGCUAAGGCGACACAGUAUGUGCUUCCGAAGAGCGACAAGGAAUCUCAGACGGAGAAAGUGGCCGUCAAAGAUGAUAAGCAGCAGAUGAAGACUUUCGGUUGCUACGAGUGUCGGAGCAAGUUCACUGGUAAAUCUCAGCUGAUGAACCACAUUCGAAUUCAUAAGUGUCCGUUCCAAUGCAACGUUUGCUUCAGAAGAUUCAAAUUGUCGGGAGAUUUGAUGCUGCACAGAAGCUCGCAUCACGGUAGUGAUGCUUAUGGCAGAGUCACGCUGAAGCUGAACUAGCGCAGACAUGAGUACUGAUGGAAUUCGUAUGUUUAACAAUAUCUAGAUUAUAGACUUGAUUUUAGUAACAGAAUUAACACUACUCAUUUUAUAAAUAAAUGGCGAUGGUAAACUUUCAACGAUCUACAAAGAUCAUAUCAAUUUA